AUGACACAAGGACAGCAAAGGGUUUUCAUACUAGGUUUCGGAUCUAUCGGGGUUCUUUUAGCAUCUCAAUUGCAACGGAACGCUCAGAUCUCAGUUGUCCCAUUACUAAGGUCAGAGAAACGGUUAUCCGAUUUCGAGAAUCUAAGAAAUACCACCAGCGUGAAGUCACUUUUUUUAACCGGUCAACCGACUAAUGAGGUCGAAUUUACGGGGGCUACGUGUCCUGAGCAGUUUCCUAAAGAUUGGAAAAUUGACAACUUGAUUAUCACCACUAAGACGUAUCAAACAAAAGAAGCUCUGGAGCCGUAUAUGAAGUUCAUCCACCCACAGACCAAUGUUAUGCUGGUACAAAAUGGUCUGGGUGUUUUGGAGGUGCUAAAUAACGACAUCUUUUCGGAAUAUAAGCCUAACUUAUUCCAGGGCGUAAUUUCUCAUGGUAUCUACCAAACAUCGGGGUUUUCAUUCAACCAUGCCGGGUUCGGUAAUCUCAAGAUCUCUAGAUUGCCCAGUGGUGACUCAGAUGGGAUUGUACAAUCCAAUACAUUUGUGAAGAAAGAUGCAGAGAACAAUUCGUUGCUGCAAGUUUUAGUGCAGCCGGAGUUCGUGAAGGCAUUGAAUGUGAUGCAUUUAACGUACCAAGAAUUGCUACUGGGGCAACUAGAGAAAUACAUGGUCAAUGCUUGUAUGAAUCCUGUGACAUCGAUUGUUGACUCUAUUAACGGGGAUUUGAAGGAUAUUGCAGCACCAAUUUUUGACUUGAUCAUAGCAGAGUGUCUGGAAGUCUUGAAAAUAGCCUACAAGCCUUUGUUCGAUUACAAGCCGCACGAUGCAGAUUAUCCAAGCAUCGAUGUAAUUGGAAUUCUUGAUCACAAGAGGUUACUCAACUUCGUUUUGAAAAUCGGUUGCGAUCUAAAUCGUAACAACAGCUCGUCCAUGAGGCAAGAUGUGAUCAACUUACGGGAUACAGAGGCGGAGUAUAUCAACGGAUACAUCGUGAAGCUUUGUAAAAAAUUGGGAUUGGGUCCCGAGUACUAUAAGACUAACCAAACCAUUGAGACAUUGGUGAAUCUGAGAUUGGGACUCAACAGAGUGCGUGCUGCAAAGGGAAGUGAUGCAAAAUGA